GAACAAAAAUUACUCCGCCUUCGAAACGGCCGCCAUCUUAAUCUAGAAGCCGGACGAAAGAAGGGGGGUACCUGUUCAAUCUGUCAUCAUCCUUUUAUUCUUCAUAUUUUAGACACCGAUUUCAUAUCUAACGUACUCCCCAAGCAUUUGUGUGAUGGCAGAUACAGAUAAAUUGAAUAUAGACAGCAUAAUAGCUAGGUUGUUGGAAGUUCGUGGAUCUCGACCAGGAAAAAAUGUUCAGCUUACAGAAUCCGAAAUAAGGGGGCUGUGUUUGAAGUCCAGGGAAAUUUUUCUGAGUCAACCAAUUCUUUUAGAAUUAGAAGCACCAUUGAAGAUCUGUGGUGACAUUCAUGGGCAGUAUUAUGACCUUUUGAGACUCUUCGAGUAUGGAGGAUUCCCCCCGGAGAGCAACUACCUCUUCCUUGGAGACUACGUAGACAGGGGGAAGCAGUCACUGGAAACAAUAUGUCUCUUGCUGGCAUACAAGAUCAAGUAUCCAGAAAACUUCUUCUUGCUCCGAGGAAACCAUGAAUGUGCCAGUAUCAACAGAAUUUAUGGAUUUUAUGAUGAAUGCAAGCGACGGUAUAACAUCAAGUUAUGGAAAACAUUUACAGAUUGCUUCAACUGUUUACCUAUAGCAGCCAUCAUUGACGAAAAGAUUUUCUGCUGUCACGGAGGUUUGAGUCCUGAUUUGCAAUCCAUGGAACAGAUCAGAAGGAUCAUGAGGCCAACAGACGUACCAGAUCAGGGGCUUCUCUGUGAUCUAUUAUGGUCAGAUCCUGACAAGGAGACCAUGGGAUGGGGAGAGAAUGAUAGAGGGGUGUCUUUCACAUUUGGUGCAGAAGUUGUGGCCAAAUUUCUACACAAACAUGACUUGGAUCUUAUAUGUCGAGCUCAUCAGGUAGUAGAAGACGGAUAUGAGUUCUUUGCCAAACGACAGCUGGUGACAUUGUUUUCUGCUCCUAACUACUGUGGGGAAUUUGACAAUGCUGGUGCUAUGAUGAGCGUGGAUGAAACAUUAAUGUGCUCAUUCCAGAUUUUGAAACCGGCAGACAAGAAAAAGUUCCCAUAUGGUGGACUCAAUGCAGGGCGACCAGUAACACCACCUAGAGGUCAACCGAAGGGAAAGGCUAAAAUAUGAUUAACACUACAGAAAUCUUGUGGAUAGUUAAAAUUGGACACAAAAUUGACGAUGUUCAUUCAUGAAUCGGUCGCAAACAUUGAUAGUUUGACUUCUUCAGACAUUUAUUGCUCUGGACAUUCAACAAAUGCCAGUGGAUAACGUGCUUGCGUGUUGCGGCUGAUGUGAUUGACUGAAAUGAAGGACUGCAAACCGUGCAUAUGUUGUCUUUAGGAUGAAGUUGAUCUAAAAAUGUAGAAUGAAGGAGCACAUAACUUUUGAUGAUUUUUGCCAUGGGAACUCCAUCCUGCAGGGACAACAUAAUUAAUUUAACCUAUUGACACGUAGUAUUGGUGUGUACAAGUCUUGUUACAUCAUUUGAUGUUGUACAUUUAAUUUGAAAGAUUCUGUUGUAAAUGUAAUGUAGCUCCAGCACAUGACAACAUGAACUGUGUUCAGAACUGGAGCUUUGGUCGAAUAAGAAAACAGCUAUUGUGCAACUUGGUCUGGUUUUCAUAGACCUUGUUUACUGUCCCUCUAAAAAUCAUGAGACACUAUACCCGGAUUUAAUCUUAUACAUACAUCAAUAAAUUGUGUCAAGAUCAAAAUAUUCAUGCAACAAUUGUAAGUUUGUCUUGUGCAAUUUUGCAUUGCUUUGUUCUGCUUUUGUAGAACAACAUAUUUUUUGAACAGUGUUAAUGUCAUAUUUGAUAUUCAAAGUCAUUAAACGGUCAUACAGAAAUUGUAGGAUAUAGAUUUUGAUGUGAAGAAGCAUGCUGUUAUACAAUUGAUGUCCUCCCCAUUUAGUUCACCUUCCACGCUAUAGUAAUACAGGUGGGUUUGAUUUCAAACUGCUACUAAGUCAAGUGAAAGCUAGUCCGUGUACAGCUUUAAUGGGAAUGGAUCAGACAGAAAUUUAAUAACAUGCUGGUACAUGUUACAAUCUUUUCCUGACAUACUUACUGGGUCACCAUUAACACGCAAAUGACAAAUUCUUUCUUAUUGUUCAAUACGUUGUGUACAUAUCCGUCAUGGUUUGCCGACAUGAGAUUUUUAUCUUAACUUAUCUCAUUUCAUGUAUAUAAUUCUGUACAUUUGUAUUUUUAGUUUGUCUUUGUGUUUACUAAAUUGCACAAACCAUAAUAAAUGUGGCACAUCAGGGCCACCAACAUAGAGUACUAAAUCAUUAACAAACUUAGACCAUUUACACUAGAAUAACAGCACAUCAGUAUAAACUGGUAGUAACAAAGAAAAUAUGGGGAACAUGGGAGCCAACACAAAAAUGAGGUUUUUAAGUCGCGUAUAUGUCUUUGUUUUUCUUAAUUUAUGGUAUAAAAAAUGUAGAUGAUAUGUGAACUGAUCAAUGAUCAUGUAAAUUUAAUACAUUAUUUGUUGUAUAGAAAAGAUGAUGACCGAAUAAAAGAUGUUUUGUAAGAAUG